AUGGUCCCUAUGUUAGGGGUAUUCCAAGACGAUGUGUUUGUGGUCAAUGGACUACAAUUCUCAAAUCAACAACAGAGAACAACCCAGGUCGCAAAUUUUACCGAUGCACAGCCGCAAAUGACGGAUCUUUCGGCCAUGUUUUCAAAUGGGCAAAGGAGUCUCAAUUGGAAGAGUAUGAUGUUCUCUUGGAAAGGCAGGAAGCAAUAG